AUGAAAGUAACAAACUUUCUAUGGUUGCUCUCAUGGGCGAGUUUACUAGCUGCUGCUUCCUCUCUGGAGGAGCGAGCAGCCAGCUCUGCUGUGUGUAACAAUGCUCAGGUCAAGGCUCUACAAUCAAGCAGUGCCGUGUGCUAUUGCUCAACCUACCUCUCGAUACCCGUCUCGACAAUUACGAAACUUACGACCCGUGUAUUAACAAUUCAAACGACUGUUACGAAGAAACAAGUAAUGACCAAAAUAUCAACCAGCAAUAUUAGAUCUACUGCAUCUACCCGUACUGUGACGGCCAGCUCGAAGACCGGGUACACCACUACAACGAAAGUUGUCACCGUAACACCUCGGGCUCGGUCGCUACAUAUGCGAAAGCAUCUGGAACAACCGAGAGAACUGGUGGAAAGAGCAGCUGUCUCAACAUGCGCUACUCCUGCAGUGGUCAGGAGUAUGAACAGGGCAGCAAUUUCUAGUGCUUGCAAGUGUCUCUCUAUAGCACCUCGGAGGACCACCAUAAUCAGAACCACCACAAAGUUCAUCAAUCAAGUCUCGACAAAGCUCGUAAGCUCCACAUCUCUCCGGACCACGACUAUCAGAACUAGUGUUACUGCUUUAGCGACGUUUACGCCUCUCAAAUUGAUUACUAGGACAGCGACCAUCACAGUAACAGCAACACCAAAACCCUCAACUUCUUCUAAGCCUCAGAGCUUGUCGUUGAGUUCGGUACGAAAUGAAGGUGUAUCCGGGUCGACCACGAAGACGUCUAGUCGGCUGAGCAGUAGUCCAUCAAUUAUUCGAUCAUCCGGUAGCCUGUCUUCCAGAAGUCAGGCAUCUAGCAGCAGGUCGACAAAUCCUACAUCAAUUGGCAGGACAUCAUCUGCAUCACCGACACUUCCACCUCCAGGCAGCACAGUGACGACUAUCCGCCCGAGCUCCAUAUCAUCGACAAGCAAAUCUGCCGGCCAGCCAAGUGGAAUUUCUAGCAGCAGUCAGACUACAAGCAUUCGCUCUAGCAGCACGACAGCCAAAUCUCUUGUUUCAACAAUUGUUGUGAUCCAGUCAACAAGCAAGACCUCUUCGGUGUCUGUAGUGGGAUCUUCUAGCAUGGUAACGAGUGCUACCACAAGUCCAACAUCGAACAAGUCCAGCAGUGCUACCUCGAGCAAGCUGUCCAGCGUGACAACCAGCACAUCUUCCACCACGUCUGCAAAUAAAUCUUCAAGCGAACCAGCCAGCAUUAGCUCGAACAAGAAUUCUAGCAGGGUUUCUAGUGCUUCGACAAGCAAGAUGAUGUCUAGUGUUACGACAAGCAAGGUUUCCAGCUCUUCGACAAGCAAGACUUCCAGCGAGCCACCAAGCAGCAGCCAGAAGACGACUUCAAGAGCAGCAGAGACAGCAUCGACAAGAUUCUACCCGCCACAGGGACCACUAUAUACACCCAAGACAAACGCAUGCGCCCCCAGAACGACAAGAUCGUCCAGCGGCACCCCUAGCAGUCGACCUAGGUCAUCGCCGCUGUCAAGCUUGAGUACAUCUAGGUCAUCACCAACAUCUAGCUCGAGUAGGCCUGCCAUAUCAUCAUCUGCUUUCUCGACAUCAAGCCGAGCAACCUUUUCGAGCUCGACACGAAGCAGCUCAACACCUCGAUUCACCUUUCCCUCCAACAACACAAUGUCAACAUACACACCAUCUUCCUCGUCGUCCGCUCCAACUUCCACACUGAGAGCCAACAAUUUCUCCUUCGACAAAGACGACGAUAUCUCAACAAACGGCACAGCCAACGAAUUCCCCUCCAAUAACACGGACACAUCACCUCCACCCUCCACCAACACAACAGACACCUCCCUCGCAAGCUCCAACAUAACAACCUCCCUCCUAAACACCUCUUCAAUGUCCAACAAACCCUUCCUCCUCCAAUCCUCCUGCACCUCUGGCCUCCAAAUCUCCGGUCUCUACGCCCUCUUGAUCUCCGUAAACUCAAACCCUACCCUCCAGUUCACUUCCUCUGCAUCUCAAGCUACAAGAUUCGUGCUUUCUACUUCUGGAUACUUGUACGUUGUACCUUCGGCAAACACACCUUGGAUUUCGUACUCGAAUCAGGAGUUGUUGGCGAAUACCGACAAAGGGGUGCAAGAUAUGGAUUUAUUCUUUAAUGAGGAAGGGGAGGUUGCGGAUGCAGGGGGCGAGAAGGUGAGGUGUGGGAUCGAUGCAGAUGGGCUUUUGCAGUGUGUGUCUAGUAUGACUGAUGAAAUUUUGUGGUGUGAUGGGGAAGGUACAGUGAGACUGGCGAGUUGCGUCUUGGAAGGGUGUAAUGAGGCUGAGUUGGUCGUGGUGCUUGUUUGA